AUGGAUAUCGAAAAGCGCAAGCAAGACUCGAGCUCGGAGACACGAGUUGCAGCACCGAAUGACGAACCAGCCUUCCGCCGCGCGCUCUUCAAGCUCGACUUCAUCUUCCUCCCGGCUGUGACCUUCAUCUACUUUCUCAACUUUUUGGAUCGCUCCAACAUCGGCAAUGCCAAGGCGGCUGGUCUCCUGACCGAUCUCAACAUCACCUCGCGCCAGUAUUCAAUCGCUCUCACCGUUACCUACGUCCCAUACAUCGUUGUUGAGCUGCCCUUGACAUUGCUCAUCAAGAAGGUGGGACCAAACAUCCUGCUCCCGACUUUGGUGGUUCUUUGGGGCAUUGUCACGACCUUCCAGGGCUUUGUUCACGACUACCAUGGCCUCCUCGUCGCCCGCUUCUUCCUGGGAUGUACCGAGGGUGCCAUCCUUCCCAGCUCCAUGGCCUACCUGUCGACUUUUUACAGGCGUGGAGAUCUCGCAAAGCGCGUAGCAUUGUUCUUCAGUGCCACCUCCCUCGCGGGAGCUUUCUCGGGUCUUCUCGCCUCUGCGAUCCUCAACAUGGCCGGCAUUCGAGGCAUGAAGGGCUGGCAGUGGCUGUUUAUUAUUGAAGGCAUCUUCACUUGCGUCUACGGCUUCAUCGCAUUUGCUAUCCUGCCCCGCGCGCCAACUACGGCAUGGUUUUUGUCUCAGCCCGAAAAGGACGCACUUGUGGCUGCGCUUGCGGUCGACCGCCCUCCUGCCGAGGACGAACAAAAGCUCACCCUCCGUGCCGUGCUUGACGUCUUCUCGGCACCGCACAUGUGGAACAUGGCCCUCCAAUUCUUCUCCUCGGGUGCCAUGCUUUACGCAAGUGCUUACUUUGCGCCAACUAUCGUCGGGGCAAUCGGCUACAAGGGUAUCAAGGUUCAGCUCUACUCGGUGCCCCCAUACGUGUGCUCUGCGGCCUUCGCGCUCGGCUCCUGCUGGCUCAGUGACUAUCUGAAGCUCCGUGGCCCCUUUAUCAUGCUGGCUGCCAUCGUCUCGGUGAUCGGCUACGCCAUGUUCUUGGGCAGCACAAACCCAAAGACACUCUAUGCGGCUUUGUUCUUGCAAGUUAUGGGCGCUUAUGCCGUGGCCCCGUUGCAGUCGACUUGGAUGCCCAACAACUUGGCUCCCUUCUACAGGCGAGUCACCGGCAUCACCAUGGGCUUUGUCGCCACCAACUCGGGAGGUAUUCUCAGCACUUGGCUGUUCCCGACCAACGAGGCGCCACGCUACCACCGCGGCACCUCUGUCCUCCUCGGCCUCUCGGCAGCAAUCUGCUUCUGGACGGUCCUCAAUAUGCUCUACCUGCACCACCAAAACAGGAAGCGUGCAGCUGCCAAUGGUGUGGAAGAGGACAACUCGGACGUCAACGACGGCGUGCUGGGCGACCGCAGCGUCCACUUCAAGUACAUUCUUUAG